AUGGCUACCCUUUUCAGAUUCUCACUUCGUCUACUUCCGGUUUCCGCCGCCGUGACAUGUCGCUCCUUUCGGUUCCCGCCCAAUUCCUCACACAGCUUGUUGAACCGGAAGCUCUACAAUUCGUCUUCUUCUCCUUCCUCACUGACGACGAAAGCGGGUUGGCUAUUGGGUCUCGGGGACAAGAAGAAGAAAUCGGGUUUACCGGAGAUAGUGGCAGCUGGAGAUCCGGUUCUUCACGAGAAGGCCCGAGAGGUUGACCCGGAAGAAAUCGGGUCAGAGCGUAUUCAGAAGAUAAUUGAUGAUAUGAUUAAAGUUAUGAGAUUGGCUCCUGGAGUUGGCCUCGCUGCUCCUCAAAUCGGUGUCCCCUUAAGGAUUAUUGUUUUGGAAGAUACAAAAGAGUAUAUAAGUUACGCACCAAAGGAUGAGAUUCUUGCUCAAGAAAGACGUUCCUUCGAUCUCAUAGUGAUGGUGAAUCCAGAGCUGAAGGAGAGAAGCAACAAGAAAGCUCUCUUCUUUGAAGGAUGUCUGAGUGUGGAUGGAUUCAGAGCUUUGGUGGAGAGAUACCUUGAAGUGGUAGUGACGGGAUACGACCGUCAAGGGAAGAGGAUCGAAGUGAAUGCUUCAGGUUGGCAAGCGAGGAUUUUGCAGCAUGAGUGCGAUCAUUUGGAUGGUAAUCUUUAUGUUGAUAAGAUGGUGCCACGCACUUUUAGGACAGUCGACAACUUGGACUUGCCUCUAGCUGAUGGCUGUCCUAAGCUCGGGCGUCAAUGA